AUGAGUGCAGUCCCUUUCUGGGUCAGUGAGCAGCAUGCUAAGCUGCAAAGAUGAAUAGAAACCGAACAGCGGGUAUGCGCUACCACCCCACCCCCAGCAGGCCCGCACUGCACCGAAAAACACUAAAAUGCUCACAACUCAUAUGCUGCAAACCAGGCAACAUCUCUUCAGUAAACAUCAUCAAAGUCGAUAGAGAUCAUGAGGGUGCCUUAUUUCCCUGCAAGAUCAGUCCUUUUCCACAAGGAGCCAAACGGAGUCACCUACAGGGUCCCGGCCCUGCUCUACCUGCCCCAUUGCAGCUCCUUCCUGGCUUUUUGUGAGGAGAGACUCAGCCCGUCGGACUCCCAGGCUCACCUGCUGGUCAUAAGAAGGGGAACUUUCUAUAGGAACUAUGUGGAGCUGUCUUCAGGAGAGUGGGAAGGCAUGCACGUCCUCGCCACAGCGUACCUGCCAGGCCAUCGCUCCAUGAACCCGUGUCCCGUGUACGAUGAGUUCACCAGCACAAUCUUCCUGUUCUUCAUCGCCAUUCUGGGUCACACCCCCGAAUCCUUUCAACUGGCAACAGGGAAGAAUUUAACUCGUCUUUGCUACAUCUCCAGCACUGACGGCGGCGUCACGUGGAGUCCAGUCAGUGACCUCACCCAGCAGGUCAUAGGCGACACUAUUAAAGAAUGGGCCACCUUCGCCCUGGGCCCAGGCCACGGCAUCCAGCUCAAGUCCGGACGCCUGCUCGUUCCCGCCUACGCCUACCACAUAGAGUGCAAGCAGUGCUUUGGAAAACUUUGCCAGACAUCUCCACACGCCUUUUGCUUCCACAGUGACACCCAUGGGCGAACCUGGCGUUUUGGCGAGAAGGUGCCAGGCCCAGAGAGCGUAGAGUGUCAGGUGGUGUCGGUGGACGAGGAGGACGGGACAAACGUGUUGUACUGUAACGCACGUAGCCGGCUGGGCUACAGGGUGCAGGCCAUCAGUCUGGAUGAUGGCGCCACCUUUCAGGAGGGGCAGCUGGUGCAGCGGCUGGUGGAGCCUAGAAACGGUUGUCAUGGAAGCGUGGUGGGCUUUCCAGCUCCCCUGCAGUUCCAUUCCUAUCUUGAUCACCGUUCCCAAAUGCCUCCUUUGACCACUUCUCCAGACUUCCUCACCCCCACUUGGGUGGUGUACUCCCACCCAACGUGGACCAGCGCUCGCAAGGAUCUGGGAGUCUUCCUCAGCCCUUAUCCCCGGGACCCCGAUAGCUGGCGUGGCCCCUGGGUGAUCUAUGAGGGUCCCUGUGCCUACUCCGACCUGACCUACAUUGAGCUGCCCCCCUCACCUGGCGCCCUGCCGCCCGCUGUGGCCUUCGCCUGCCUGUUUGAGUGCGGCGCCAGGACGGCCUAUGAUGAAAUCAGCUUUUGUGUCUUCACUCUCUACGAGCUGAUCGAUAACCUGCCUUCAGGUGACCGCCUCAUAAGCUGCGAUUAUAAAAAAUGGCCAGCUCCAAAAGCCAGCGGAAGCGGACAUGAUGGUCUUCAAGAUGUGUCACACAUGAAAAAGAAGAAGAGGAGGACGCCAAAACUUGGUCACUGUUGCUCUCUGUCUUAAACUGAAGUUUUCAGGAAUGAUAUUUCAUUGAUGUCUUGUCACAAUACACAUUUCGUUGCACUGCUUCCAAUCCUGCUUUCCAACUUCCUGCGAGGCGAUUGAGGCCAUGCCUCCGACAUGCACUGAUAAUAUCUCAAAUAUUGCCGUUAUAGUGCAUUUAUUGUUGCAC